GAAUCAUUAUCCAAUAUAAGCUUCGUUGAUUUCGUUCGCUACGUUCCUCAGUCUCAGCGGUCGGUCUUCUCUGCAAAAGAAACCCAAAAAUGGCGUCGACCUCGGUAUCUCCAAUGGCGUCCCAAGCUCUUCUCCUCACAAACCCUAACCCAACCAAACCAAUUCUUUUCCACUCUCACUCCCUCUCGCUCCCUCACAGUCCCAACCUCCAUCUCAACCUCAAAACCUCCUCCUUCAAUCUUCGCCCAAACGCCAAACCCAAUAGAAACCCUAGGGGCGUCUUCACCGUCUCCGCAUCUUCCACCACUGCCACCACCACCACCACCACGGCUCAGUCCCCUCUUACCGGCUCCACUCGUACCGUCACCACCAUCCUCUCUCUAGCCUUGUUGGUCCUUCGCAAACUCCCUCACACCAUUUUCAAUUCCGUAUCUCCGAUUCUGGGACCCGCUGUUUGGAGCUCCGCUGGUCCAUUGUUCUUCGCGGCCCUCCGUGACCGACCAAGCGGUUACCUGAACACGCCGCUGACGGUGGUAGCGGCUGGGCUUGCCAAGUGGCUCGACAUUUACAGUGGGGUUUUGAUGGUUAGGGUUUUGCUCAGUUGGUUCCCUAACAUUCCGUGGGACCGCCAGCCUCUUUCGGCGAUUCGCGACCUCUGCGAUCCGUAUCUGAACCUCUUCCGCAAUAUAAUUCCGCCGAUUUUCGAUACCUUGGAUGUUAGCCCGCUCUUGGCGUUCGCUGUGUUGGGGACUCUGGGUUCCAUUCUCAAUAGCAGUAGAGGAAUGUAUUGAAUUGGAAAGAUGCAAGGUUUCUGGGUUUGGCUAGUUGAUAAUUGGGUUGGAUUCGUGCUUAAAGUAAGCAAAAGCAAAUUACUAAUAUUGUGUUUUAGAUUUUAAUUUGUGGUUUUGGGUUUAGUUAUGGUUGAUGUAAGAGUAAUACUACGAUAGCUUGAAAAUUCAGUGAGAGUAUAUAAAUUUUGACAGUUCUUAAAAUGAGAUUUUUCUUUUUUUUA